ACAGACAACCCAACAUGUGGCAAAUAUUACAAUAAUGAUAAUGUGACUAUAGAGAAAAACUCUAUACUACCUUCGAUAACUAUAAAAAUUUGCGUCUGGAAUAUACAAUAACAAUGUAAUUGCAUUGCUUGAUUUGAUAAGAUAAUUUCGUUAUAAAAAUGGAAAAUUAAAAUAUAAAAGGCAGAUUUCCUUUGAGUAGGUACCUAAAGCUUGUUCGCCAGAUGAAAUGAUUGGAAGUCAGUUCUUAUUGUUAUUUGUGCAGUUAGUGGAGUUACUAUGGUGGUCUACCGCAAUACAACUAAACCCUUCCCGCUUUCCCCGCGACUUUCUCUUUGGGACUGCAACUUCCGCUUAUCAAGUUGAAGGGGCAUGGAACGUUAGUGGAAAAGGGGAAAGUAUCUGGGACCAUCUGACUCACAAUUAUCCAUCGUUAAUAAGGGAUCAAAGCAACGGUGACGUAGCUUGUAAUUCGUAUUAUAAAAUGGAGGAAGAUUUAAAGAUACUUAAGGACCUGGGUGUAGACUUUUAUAGAUUUUCCAUUUCUUGGACACGUCUCCUUCCUACAGGAUAUUCCACUUAUAUUAAUAAAGAUGGAUUCCAAUAUUAUAAUAAACUAUUAGAUUUACUUAAGAAAAACGAUAUAAAAGCGAUGGUAACCAUAUACCAUUGGGAUCUUCCACAAUCCUUGCAAGAAUACGGAGGCUGGACGAAUUCGUCCAUUAUAGAUGUUUAUGUCGAGUAUGCAAGGGUAGUUUUCGAAUUAUUCGGUGAUAGGGUUCACACUUGGAUAACAUUCAACGAACCAUUUCAAAUUUGCGUGGAAGGAUAUGGUGUGGCCGCUAAAGCACCAGCUUGGAACGAUUCUGGUAUUAGCGACUACAUUUGUGGUUACAAUCUACUCAGGGCUCACGCCAAAGCCUUCCACCUUUACAACAACACCUAUAGAAGGGUACAAAAGGCAAAAAUUGGAAUAACUGUUCAAGCACCGUGGGCAGAACCAGCCACCUCCAGCGAAGGCGAUGUCCAAGCUGCUAAUCGGCUGAUGCAAUUUUAUUUCGGAUGGUUUACGCAUCCAAUUUACAAAGGCGAUUAUCCCGAAACAAUGAAAAGUCACAUUGCCUUCCGAAGUGCUUUAGAAGGAUACAAUUCCUCGCGUUUACCACAAUUUACCUCCGAAGAAAUCGAAUAUAUCAAAGGCACUUCUGAUUUUUUCGGUCUCAAUCACUAUACGAGCAUUAUGGCUGCGGAAUUGCCCUCCGAUAUGCCCGUGGUACCUGGAACAUCCAUCGCUAACGACAUAAAUUUGACCUAUUACUACGAUGAAUCUUGGCCAUCUGACACGAAUUGGCUUAAGGUGGUACCAUGGGGCUUGGAAAAGUUAUUGCUUUUUAUCAAAGAAGAAUACGACAAUCCGGAUAUUUAUAUCACAGAAAACGGCUAUGCAGACCAAGGGACAUUAAAUGAUAACACCAGGUUAACCUACUAUAGGGACUAUUUAAAUGCCACGCUGAAUGCCAUGGCACAAGGCGCUUCUGUUAAAGUCUACACCGCCUGGACUCUCAUGGAUAAUUUUGAAUGGAUGGCAGGAUACACUGAAAAGUUUGGCAUUGUUCACGUCGAUUAUGAAAGUGAAAAUCGUACAAGAACAUACAAAAGGUCUGCAUACUUCAUGAAACACGUAUUCAAAAAAAGGAGAAUUACAGGAUUCCGAAACAGAAGUGGCAAGCUCAAAACUGGAGAUGGUCCGGAAGCCUUUUCCGUUUCCGAAUGAAAAUCUGCUUGUUCUUAACACAUAAGUAGGAAUCAUCUCCCGUUACUACAAAAAUUGCAAUGUCUCCUGAAGCUCAGUUGCAAGAAAAAGAAAUUAACUUAUAGCUACUAGAAAUACGAAUUUUAUUUACAGUUAAAUUCAGAUGAAAAACAUUAACUUCAAUAAAAUUAAUAAAAGAUUUA